GUGUCUCAUUGAAACAAACUUCCUAAAAAUCAAUUUUCACACUAUAAUCCAACUCUAUAUAUAGAUAUACUGAUUAAAUGGAGACUUACAUCCCACAAAUACUUCACACAUAUAUAAAAACAACCAUGAUUUCUCACAAAAGCAUUGCUAUAAAAUUCAUUUUUCUUGUUUGCCUAUGCUUUGAGUACAAAUCUUUCCUUGUUUCAGGAAGGUGCCUAGAGAGGGAGAGAGAAGCACUCAUGAGGUUCAAGAACGGCCUCAUCGACGCCCACGACACCCUAUCCUCGUGGCGGGCCCAGCCAGACUGCUGUGACUGGGAGGGCGUCGUGUGCAGCAACGCGACCACAGCUCACGUGGUCGCGCUCCUGCUCAACAACUCUACCCUGGGAGGUGAGAUAGUCUCUGCCUUGCUCGAUCUGACUCGCCUGAGUCGACUCGACCUCAGUUACAACCGUUUCAAUGGAACCAGAAUCCCAGGAUUCCUGGGUUCCAUGAAACGGUUACAACACCUUAAUCUCAGCAUGGCCUCCCUCGCGGGGGGCAUCCCUCCCGAGCUAGGGAACCUCACCCACCUACGCACGCUUGACCUAUCCAACGACCUUCUAGAAGAUGACACGUCGUACCUCAACACCCUCAACGGGCCGAUUCCAAAUAUCUUUGCCGGGCUGAAUCUUCUCGAGCUUCUAGAUCUUUCUGGAAACAUGCUCCAAGGUGAGAUCCCAAAAUCUCUAGGGAACAUGAGUCAUUUGCAAGUCUUGAACUUGCAUAACAAUGACUUACAAGGACACAUACACCAAACAUUUGUAAAUUUCCCUUCACUACAAAAUCUAGACCUAGGUUACAACCAACUGAGUGGCCCACUCCCCCGUCUGGGCGGGCUUUUUAGGCUGCGAAAGGUCUAUUUCGCGUAUAACAAGUUCAGUGGGCCCGUCCCGGUCACCCUCGGGCAGCUUCCAAACCUAGAAGUCGUCGAUCUUUGCUUCAAUUCAUUACAAGGUACGAUCUCCCAAUCCGACCACUUCAUCAAACUCCACAAACUCAAAGUGCUGGAUUUCUCCUUCAACACAAACAUCACCAUGCAGAUUUCUGAUGAUUGGAGCCCUCCUUUUCAAUUGGACAUCAUAAACCUAGGAGGCUGCAAACUCGGCCCGAUUUUCCCCAAAUGGAUUCGAAACCAGACAGAUCUGUCGUGGCUCGAUCUUUCUUCAAGUGGUAUAGCUGAUGAAGUGCCUCAAUGGUUAUGGAAUUUGUUUCCUCCAUUGCCAAAAAACUCGACUCUCUCUCCCUCUCCCUCUCCCUCUCCUCACCAUAAGUCAUAUAGAUACUUGAAUCUCUCUCAUAACCAGAUCAGUGGCGCCAUUCCUGAUUUAUCACACUAUCAAAUUGAUAUAAUUGAUGUGAGUUCUAAUAGCAUUUCAGGUCCCAUUCCAUUGUUUCAGCCUUACACGUACAUUUUCCAGCUGAGCCAGAAUAUUUUUACUGGUUCUAUCAAGUCCAUGUGCUCGUAUUCGCAUCUCUCCCUCGCGAUUCUCGACAUCUCCAUCAACCGGCUGGCCGGAGAGCUUCCCGACUGCUGGGAUGAGAUGUCCAGCUUGCAAGCUCUAAAUUUAGCCAACAAUAGCUUCUCAGGUGAAAUUCCUCGCUCUCUCGGCUCUCUUGAUUCCCUCGUUGCGUUGCAUUUGCGCGACAAUAGAUUAUCCGGUGAAUUGCCAUUCGAGUUGAAGAACUGCAGGAAUCUGAGACUGGUUGACGUUGGAGAGAACGAGCUUACCGGGAGAAUCCCUGCAUGGAUCGGUGCAAGCUACUCGUAUUUGAUAAAUCUCAGCCUUCGCAGCAAUGGAUUCCACGGCAGUAUUCCUGUUGAGAUAUGCAAUCUUACUCGGAUUCAGGUUCUAGACGUUUCUAGAAACAACCUGUCAGGGAAGAUUCCGGAAUGUUUCAGCAACUUCACUACAUUAGUUGAGAAGACUAAUGAAAGCACCAACAUUUUGCACAUAGCCAUUAAAAUACCUUACGAUUUGCAAUCUUCUGACGCGAUUGUCAUCACAGAAGACAUCGAGUACUCGUUGGUGCAGUGGAAAGGCCGGGAAUCCGAGUACCGGAAGAAUCUCGCGCUCCUCAAGCUCAUCGAUCUCUCGAGCAACAGAUUAACCGGUGGCAUUCCGCAAUCGUUCUCCACCAUGAAGGAGUUGAUUUCCUUAAACCUAUCAAGAAAUAAUUUGACAGGUGAUAUAAUUCCAGACAUUGCUGGGAUGGAGAUGUUAGAAUGUCUUGAUCUGGCGACGAAUCGCCUCUCCGGGAAGAUACCGAUGGGCAUGGCGCAGCUGCACUAUCUCGACGUGCUUGAUCUGUCGGGGAACAAUCUCACAGGGAAAAUCCCGACCAGCACACAGCUGCAGAGCUUCGCUGCUUCUGUGUACGGCCGGAACGAUGGACUGUGCGGGCCCCCUCUGGGGCCGUGCCCCGGAGAAGGGCCCACCACGGCCACCGUUGCUCGAGGGGAGGAUGUGGAGGAGGGAGAUGAAGGGGUUUGGAGGCUCUCUUUGAUGCAAGGAUUUGGCAUAUCAUUGGGUUUUGGUUUCAUUGUUGGGUUUUGGGGAGUUGUGGGUGCCUUGUUGGUGAAGGAAUCAUGGAGAUAUGCUUACUUCAACUUGUUGGAUGAUGUUGGAAAUUGGUUUCUUGUGACUAUAGCACUAUUUGGAUCCAAAUUGAGGCGAAGUGCAUUUAGAGGUGAUCAGAUUUUGCAUGUGAAUUGAGGUGGACAAAUACAAACUCAUGGUUGGUGAUCUUUCUAAGAUCUUGUAAUUUGGAAACGUUUUUGAAGUUUUUUUUUUUACUUUCAUUUGUAAAAACUUAGUCGAUGUAUUUUUAUUUAUGUUUGAGUGAAUGUUUUGAUUUAAUCCAGUACAAG